AUGUUCUCGGGCUUGGUGUCCCUGAGACCUGGCCAGUCAAUGGCCAGAGAUCUCUUUUUGUCCCUUCUUUUCACAGCAAGACUUGCUCAAGCACAACUACCGCAAGCCAGUCUGGUUGCUGGCGGUGGGGUGGACGGCACUGGGUUACCACCUUGUCUAAAUGCCGUCACGGUCACUGUUUUUCCGCCGGAUUAUACGGGGAUUUUUGCCAGUUUGACGAUACCCGGUAUUCCAUUGACAACAUUACCGCCUUUGACAUUGCCAACUGGGUUGCCUGACCUUGGACUAUCAUCGCUGGUGUCUGAGAUUGGCGAUGUGCUUCCCACCAACCUCCCUGGCGGACUGUCAUCUCUCCUAUCGGACAUCGGCGGGGUUGUUCCCACGAACGCAGCCGGUCUUGAGUCAUUAAUCUCAAACAUUGGCGACGCACUACCUACACCCACUUUACCGCUCGAUGUCUCCUCCUUACUAUCAGAGAUUGUGAACCCGACCGAUCUCGUGCCCGAUUUAUCGCAACUGGUGCCAAUCCCAUCGAUUACCCUUCCGCCUUUGGUAUCAGGAGUUUUGGACAUCGUAUCAGCCGUCCUGCCAACUUCACAGCUCCCAACUCAAACACCAGUCUCCUUCGCUUGCCCGCGAGACAAUGGCCAGGUCAUCAUCGAAAAUGGACUACCUUAUGUUCUCAACUGCAAUGGCGCCUCGACUGGUGAUGUCUUCGGCACUCGAGUCGCCUCAUCCUCCUUCAACGACUGCUUCCGGGAAUGUGAUCAAGCCAGUGUGACCGGUCUAGCAAAUUUCUGCACCGCCUUCUACUACGUUGGAACACCCAAUGGCGAUGGCCCAGGAACAUGUUACCUGCAGAACAGCGUCGCUCAGAGCUUCCAGGUUGCUCGAGGGUACAUCAGUGCUGCACGACUGCUCAAUUACAUUGUUGGAGGUUUGUCGCCAAUUCCUCUACUGGACUCCGCGAGCAGCAUCAUAGUGUCCAUACCUGCCGGCUUGACCAUUCCAACAGGACUGCCUACACUCCCGAUUCCGUCUUUGCCGCUCAGCCUACCACCUCUUCCGUCGGACAUUCUGCAAUUGACGACGGCGUUGCCUCCUCUCACAGACUUGGUGCCUGGAUUGGAAUCCUUGCUGCCUACAGGACUCCCUCUGAGCGAUUUGACGAAUGUGGUUCCGGGUCUGACGAGCUUGUUGGGCGAAGUUAUACCCACAGGACUUCCAUUGAGUGACUUGACGAAUGUGGUGCCAGGACUGACAUCCCUGCUGGGCGAGGUCGUGCCGACGGGACUUCCACUCAGCGACUUGACCAACUUGGUGCCUGGCUUGACUUCAUUGCUCAACCCAGACUUGCCCCUACCGACUGAGCUCCCGUUGAGCGAUCUGACGGGUCUCAUACCUGGAUUGACUACAUUGCUACCAACAGGCUUGCCUCUUCCGACUGAGCUGCCAUUGAGCGAACUCACAAAUCUUAUCCCGGGCUUGACUACACUGCUGCCAACAGACUUGCCGCUGCCAACUGCGCUCCCAAUCAGCGACCUGACCAACCUUAUUCCAGGUCUGACUACAUUGCUGCCUACAAACUUGCCUCUUCCCUCCGAAUUGCCACUGAGCGACCUCACGAACCUCGUACCAGGUUUGACGUCUUUGCUGGAUGGCGUACUGCCAACAGCCUUGCCAGUCACAACAGCCUUGGCUCCAUUACCAGAUGCUCUGUCAUCCAUCAUCAGCGGCUUGGGUUGCAAUGUCAAUGCCCUUCUUACGGCUCUUGGCCUCUCGGGCAACGACUCCAUAGUGUCUGCCAUCCUCGCCGGACCUACGGGUAAUAUCUGCUCGCAGCUGUCUGGUCUUCCAACAGUCCGUCCGACUUUGCCUCUGUCAACGCCAAGCAUCUCCGUACCAUCUGGCUUGCCGUUGACGACUGCUGUACCGUCGCUGAGCAUCCCAUCACUCAGCGUUCCAUCAUCUGGUUUGCCGUCGCUCAGCGUGCCUUCGCUCACUGUGCCAUCACUGAGUGCACCAUCUCUCAGUGGACCAUCACUCAGCGUACCAACGCUGAGUGCGCCAUCGCUCAGUGCGCCAUCAUUGAGUGUACCAUCACUCAGCGCCCCAUCAUUGAGCGUACCCUCGCUCAGCGCACCUUCCCUCAGCUCUCCCGGCAACCCCUUCACCAACCUUCCAGGCCUUGUAUCAUCCCGAUCAUCAGCAGCAGCAGCAUCAAGCUCUACCAUCCCCGAACUCUCCCUCCCCACCUCAACUCGCCGCCCAGUCUUCAACUGCCCCGCAGACAACGGCCUCAGCUACGUCGCCCCCUCCGGCCAAGCCUUCACAAUCCGCUGCCGCACAAACUACAUCGGCUACGACCUCGCCUCUUCCCCUCAACCCAACCUCUUCUCCUGCGCAAACUCCUGUGCAUUCGUUCCAGGUUGUUCCGGCGUGAGCUACGACGCUCAAACAUCUCUCUGCUUCUACAAAUCUAGUGUCGGAUCCGGAACUCCGAGCUUGAUAACAGAUGGCGCUGCGCCUGUGAACUUGGAUUGUCCGGCUGGAAACGGAUUGACAUAUACGGACUUCUCCGGAGCGAAUUAUCAGGUUUUCUGUAAUGUUACGUUUCCGGCGAGUACGAAUGUUACUUCAAAUAUCAAUGCUGGAGGCGCCAUCACUGCGAGAGGAGAGUCACUUAUGCAUCGAGCAAGACAGGCUGCUGUGGCUGUGCCAGCAGCGCCAGGAGUGCCGGACAUCAUUCGCUGCAGUAUUCAGUGCUCUGUCAUGGAAGACUGCGAGGCAGUGACGCAGCAGAACAACGAAUGUGUCUUCAUCUCCAAUCUAGGCAACUCAGCGACUGGAUCGACUAUCGCAGAUUCUGUGGUCUUGGUUGGAAGACAGAUCAAUGAUGGCUCUGGAGCUACGAGUACUUCGGUUGUGACUGGAAUUCCUACUCAAGCGAGCACGAGGCAGGCUUCUGCGAUCAACAAUGCUCCGACGACUACGACUACGACGACAGCUGUUUUGCCUCCGCUGCCGACAUUGCUGCCGCCAGCCAAUUCGGCGACAUCACAGGAUUGUGGUCUGCUAGGUCUGAACUGUGGUCCAACUCGCUCGCAAUCUACUGCAGCGCCCGCCUCAGCUUCAACAGGUGCUGGUGGAGCCAUCUCGGCAUAUCCUCCAGGUGCGAGCCCAACCACAUCCGCUUCUGGCCCAGCAGCAGCUAGUAGCUCAACUAGUCGGGAUUGUGGCCUCCUUGGUCUCAAUUGCAUUGGUGGCAACAACCCAGGUGGAGGUAAUAACGCUCCAACUUCGACACCAACCGCAGCGUCGAAUUCCCCACCUGUAGCCGCAAGUAGCUCAACUUCGCGAGACUGUGGCCUUCUGGGUCUCAACUGUAUUGGCGGAAACCAAGGUGGUGGCAAUAAUGCUCCAUCUCCGAGCACAGCAUCGGGCGGUGCACAGACGGUCGCCGUCACACCUCUGCCUGCGUCGAUCACGACUAGCACAACUCGAAGCACGAGUUACUCCCAGCUCACCACAGUCCUUCCAGUGACGACAGUGACAACCACCUCGACAUUCACGUACUGCAACGUUGGGCCGAACAACUUCACAUCUUGUAUCUCGACAGUGGUAGUACGAACUCCAACUCCGACAUCCAGCACACGGAGCUCCACAGCUACCACAUCAACCCGGAGGGAUUGUGGGCUGCUGGGCCUCAACUGCAUAUAG